AUGUCUCGUCUUCUCACCCCGACCCUAACGCUGACGGCGUUGUCGCUGCUUUUCACUGCAGUUACUGCCACCACCACCCCUGCCGUCCAAGUCAAUGUGCUGUACAGCUUUGGGGAGGACAGCUGGGCCGAGAACCUGGCCGUACGGGCCAACGGGCAGAUCCUGGUGUCGCGCCUCGACACGCCUGAAGUGCUGCAGCUGGACCCGACGGGCGCCCGCGAGCCGAUCACCGUCGCGGCAUGGGAUGCAAACAACUACAUGGGGUGCCUGGGGAUCUCGGAGACGAGGGCGGAUGUGUUCUACGUGGUCGCGUCGGGGUUUGUCAACGACUCGUUUGUGUUGACCUCGGGGGUGAACACGAUCUGGGAGAUCGAUAUGAGAACGUUUGCCAUCGAGGACGACCAAGCGAGUAGCGGCGUGACUGUUACUUCGAACGCGACCGUGACGAAGUUGGUGGAGGUGACGAGCUCGGAUUUUCUGAACGGGAUGACCACGUUCAACGAGACGGUCAUUCUCGUCGCGGACGCGUAUAACGGCUGGGUCUACGCCGUCGAUACCACCACGGGCGCAUACACUGUCGCAGUCAACGAGACGAGCAUGAAGUUCGACUCGAUUGUCGAUCCGUCGACCAACUUGGGGGUCAACGGGAUCAAGCUGCAUGAUGGAUACCUGUACUGGACCAACACGGCGGCGGGGACACUGAACAGGAUCCUGCUGUCUGAUUCUCACGACGACGCGGUUGUUGGGCCCCUUGGACCCGCCGAGACGGUGGUCAGCAACGUGCCCAAGGCGGACGAUUUCAUCUUCAAGUCGGACGGCGUGGCGUUUAUCGCGCAGAACCAGAUGGACGAGCUGAGUGUGCUCUAUCCGCGAGCUGGCCACGCGGAGGUCAUUGCCGGCAGCAACAUCUCGACUCUCCUUGCAGGUGUUUCGGCGGGGAAGUUUGGUCGUCUUGAGAGUGACGCGGAGAUUCUCUACUUGACCACCAGUGGAGCACUUGGGCUUCCUAUCAACGGCUCUGUGACCGUCCCUGCAACUCUCUCGUGGAUCAACACCUCAUCUUUCUGA